UGACCAAACCACAUUCCAUUUUCUAUAAUAAUUCCAAGUUUCAGUCUAUUUUUAUAUUAGUAUUUUUCAUUCUUCACAUGAUUUCCAUUUCGCUUCUCUCAAGUAUUGAAAAAGUAGUAUAUCGUGUGUUUUGCUUAAUUUUUAGAUCAGGAAAGAGAGAGAGAGAGAGAUAGUUUAAGAUCAAAUUUUGAUGAUUUUUUAUUCACAGGGGUUUGAAAUUAGGGUUUAGGUUUCAGCCAAAUUAUAUCCAUUUCACUCCUCUUAAGAAUUGUUAGAGAGAGAGAGAGAGAGUUUAUGUUCAAUUUUUGAGAGAGUUAAUGUUCAAUUUUUGAUGAUUUCUGAGGGGUUUGAAAUUAGGGUUUAGGUUUCAACCCACCUUUGGAUUGAAGUAGCAAAGAUGACUAGCCUUCUGAAAUUGUUUUUACCUGUUUCAGCUAGGGAUGGCAAUGAAUAUGAUGGUGAUGAGUACAGUGCUGAGUAUUCGUUCACGGUGGAGUACAGUGGUCCACCAGUCACCUAUGAUAUUCCCCGGGCAGUUCCGGUGGAUAUUGACUCUAUUCCUGUCGCUGCCCGAGUUUCCUUGUCGAAUUCUAAUUUGUUAUUGCCAAUUAUUCCACCAAUUGCAAAGAAGAGUGAUCCCUUGAACAAGAAAUCGUCAAUGGAGUCAAAAUUAAGGUCUGGAGUUACCGUGUGGCAAAAUUCAAGGGGCCAUUCGGGUGAAUUUUUUGGUUCGAGUGAGGUUGCAUUCUCUGAUGAUGAUGCCCUAUCAUGUAAAUCACUAAAAGUGAUGUAUAGGUCGACUGCGUUAAGUUUGACAGAAGGUGAUGAAUAUGCAGCACCCAAUGUAGCUGAUGGAACUGGAAGUUCUGGUACAUUGGGGUUUUCUGAUGGUCCUGAAGAUUCCCAUGAGUUAUCAGGAAGCUCGGAUGUUGGGGCUUUACAAGAUGAUGGCGAGGUGGGUUGGGAUUUGAACAAAUCCCCAUUGAUAUGCCGGACUUCCUCAGAGGCUUCUUCUUGCAAAAAUGAGAAUUGCAUUGAUGAAACUCCCUGUCAUGUCAACAGGACUUCGAUUGUAACUUUCCAUUGUCCGGAACCAAGUUAUGUAGUUCCUGAUGAAAAUGAUCACGCUGAGCUGGAAAUCAUCCAAGAAAGAAAGGGGAGUAAAACUAAUGUGAUGAAAGGGUUAUGUCGUCGAUGCUCUAAAGGAAGCCGGUUCACUAAAAAGGAGGUUUGCAUAGUUUGUGAUGCAAAGUAUUGUGCCAAUUGUGUGCUAAGAGCAAUGGGAUCGAUGCCUGAAGGAAGAAAAUGCAUUACUUGCAUCGGUUUGCCAAUUGAUGAGUCAAAGCGGGGGACCCUUGGGAAAUUUUCCCGGAUGCUUAAGAGGCUGCUUACAGAUAUGGAAGUAAAACUGAUAAUGAGAUCUGAGGUAUCAUGUGAAGCAAAUCAGCUAGCACCUGAGCUUGUUUGUGUGAAUGGCAAGCCCCUUUGUCACGAAGAGUUGGCUUCAUUGCAAAACUGUCAAAACCCACCAAAAAAGUUAAAACCGGGAAAGUAUUGGUAUGAUAAGGUGUCUGGGCUUUGGGGAAAGGAAGGGCAGAAGCCUUGUCAGAUUAUAAGCCCCCAACUGGCUGUUGGUAAUCCCAUCAUGCAGGAUGCUAGCAAUGGAAACACAAAUAUAUUAAUAAAUAACCGGGAGAUUACAAAAGCAGAGCUCUGGAUGCUGCAGUUGGCAAGAAUCCAUUGCGAAGGAAGCACUCACUUUUGGGUGAGUGCUGAUGGGACCUAUCAGGAAGAGGGACAGAAUAAUUUGAGGGGGCGAAUAUGGGACAAGACUGGAAUCAAGCUAUUUUGUGCGCUCUUGUCUUUGCCAAUUCCUCCUGAGUCUGUGAAUCCUUGUGUGGAAGAAAAAGAAAAUCUUGCUCAUAGAGUUGUUCUGAACUUCAUUGACCAGAAAACACUCAAUAAACUUCUUCUAGUUGGUCAUGAUAAAUCUGGGACAAGUACCAUAUUCAAACAGACCAAGAUUGUGUAUAAUAUUCCUUUCUCUGAGGAUGAGCGUCAAAAUAUUAAACUCAUGAUUCAGAGCAAUUUGUAUGGUUAUCUUGGCAUACUGCUUGAGGGGCGUGAACAAUUUGAGGAAGACUGGUUUAAUGAAAUGAGGAAAAAGCAUAUUGAUCAAUCUGAUCCUUCAGGAAACUCCGGCCAAAUUGACAAAAAUAAUAUCUAUGCCCUUACCCCUAAAUUAACAGUAUUCUCCGAUUGGGUUAUCCAAGUUAUGCUGGCAGGCAAUUUGGAAGUCGUUUUUCCAGCUGCUAUUCGUGAAUAUGCACCGUUUGUUGAGGAAUUGUGGAAGGAUGGAGCUUUCCAAGCCACAUAUAAUCGGAGAAAUGAACUGAACAUGCUACAUGGAGCUGCUAAUUAUUUUUUAAAUCGGGCUGUUGAUGUCUUAAGGGUGGAUUAUGAGCCCUCUGAUACGGACAUCCUGUAUGCUGAUGGUAUCACUUCAUCCAAUGGGCUUGCUUCCAUGGAGUUUACAUUUCCUAAAUCAACACAGGAGAGCUUCUUAGGCACCGCUGAUCAGAAUGAUCCCUUGCUAAGGUACCAACUCAUUAGAGUGCACUCAAGCAGCCUUGGAGAAAGCUGCAAAUGGCUGGAGAUGUUUGAAGAUGUUGACCUUGUCUUGUAUUGUGUGGCUUUGACUGAUUAUGAUGAAUUCUGUGAUGAUGGUGGAGUUUCUACAAACAAAAUGUUGGCGAGCAAGAAGCUCUUUGAAAGCAUAGCAACUCAUCCAACCCUUGAUCAGAAGAACUUCCUUCUGAUACUCAACAAGUUUGACCUGCUUAAGGAGAAGAUUGAACGAGUUCCCCUCACUCAAUGCGAAUGGUUCCAUGACUUCAAUCCAGUGAUGAGUGCUGCCGGUAAUAAUUCUUCGUUGGCUCAACAUGCUUUCCACUAUAUUGCAUUGAAGUUCAAAGGAAUCUUCCGUUCCCUCACUGGACGCAACUUGUAUGUUUCACCUGUUACGGCAUUGGAGCCUGAUAGUGUUGAUGAAGCUCUUAGAUAUGCAAGAGAGAUCUUGAAUUGGGAUGAUGAGAAACCAAGCCAUAGCAGAAACGAAUGGUCUAGUGACAGCAUUGAGGCAAGCUCCUCAUCAUGACUUUCCAAUAGAAAUGGCCUGCAAGUAAAGCCCUUUCUUUGGACAUGGCUUUGCCUAUUUCACCAUAUACAAAUACAUGUAUAUUCUAUACUGACUUAUUGACUAUACACAUCAUGCAAACAAAAAGAAAUUAAAGAUGAUAGUUUUAUCUGCCAAUGCAGAUUUUGAGGACAGUUUUGUAACCAUUUUCUUGGUCUUGAGACAGAAGAAGUAAGU